CAUUGUGGGAGCUCAGAAGCUGUGCUUCAGCGCAGACAGUGAAAACGAGGCAGGCAGGCAGACAGACAGACACACAUUCACACCAUCGCUCCAAGGAUAACAACGCGCAUUUGUUAUCCAGUUUUCACUCUUGUUUUCUCAAGACGCAGAGAAAGGAGACGCUAGGUGAGGAGAGGAAAAAGGCAUUGCCCCCCAAGGAAAGGUUACCGAUGAAGAAAUGGCAGCAGAAUCGACCCGGAGAUUCACCAAGAACCUACUGAAGCCGGGGAGCGCAGCGGAGAUCAGGCAAACGGCAUCAAAUGCUGUCAGACACUCGGCAAUUGUGCAGGAAAAGCCGAAACUGAUUGACCCUCUGGACUAUGAGGCGGUGAUCUCGGAGCUAGAGGCGGAGCUUAAGGAGGACCCCCAUCAGGACCUGCUUCUCUUCCCUGAACACGACUUUACUGUCUCCACUCUUCCCCUGGAGACACGGACGCUGCAGUCCACUGUCCCAGCUGAGGCAGAGGAACAGGCCAAAUGUCUGCUGGUCAGACAGGCCUGCAAGUUCUACAACUCCCAGCUGCACAUGGUGGAGUUUAAGCAUGAGGAGUAUGCUGGAGACCACCGCACGCUGCCCAGAAAGCUCUACAAGGCUGAGAAGCUGCCCUCUCACUCCUUUGAGAUCGACCACGAAGAUGUGGACAAGGAUGAGGACACCACGUCGCUGUCGUCGUCCAAAGGCGGCGGGGGAGGGGGCGCGGGGAGCGGCACAGGGGGAGCUGGCGUCUUCAGAUCUGGCUGGCUCUACAAAGGGAACUUCAACAGCACCGUCAACAACAGCAUCACUGUCCGGUCAUUCAAAAGGAGAUACUUCCAGCUGACCCAGCUGACAGACAACUCCUACAUCAUGAACUUCUAUAAGGAUGAGAAGAUCUCCAAGGAGCCAAAGGGUUGCAUCUUCCUGGACUCCUGCACGGGGGUUGUCCAGAACAACCGACUGAGGAAGCACGCCUUCGAGUUGAAGAUGAACGAGGUGACGUACUUCGUGCUGGCGGCUGAGAGCGAGCAGGACAUGGAGGAGUGGAUCAGCACGCUCAACCGCAUUCUGCAGAUCAGCCCGCCGGAUGCACCGGUCCUUGACCGCAAGAGCGUCGACCUCAGCGACACACGGCAGGACAUCUUUGACCUGACCCUGAGUGAGGUAGCCAUCCCUGAGACUGAAGAAAUGACAGAGAACGGCAUAAACCCUGAGCUGGCUAAGUACAUCUCAGAGACAGAUGAGAUAGUGAGAGCCGCUAGGAGAGAGGAGAGGCUCAACCUUUUCUCCCUGGACCCAGACACACCGAUGCUGCGGACUCCCCGUCUGGAGCACCCGUGUGGAGGUGUGAGUGCGCGUCCGUAUGAGGAGCGGCUGGGCCGGAGACUCCUGGUCACCUGCAAGGCCCUCACCCUCACCCUGCAGGGCUGCGUCUGCGAGACCGACAACGGACCAAUCACCAACAUCGAGCCGUUCUUCGUGACGGUGGCGCUGUUCGACGUGCGGGAGGGAAGGAAGUUGUCGGCGGACUUCCACGUGGACCUGAACCACGAGAACGUACGCCAGAUGCUGAGUGGGACAGGGGGGUCGGCACCGCAGGAGAACGGACUGGGCCCCCCCAACGACAAGAAACCAGGCGACUGCCAUCUGAGCCAGGACCUGGACAACUGGCUACGCUUCCCCAAACAGGCCAUCUUCUCAGUCACUAACCCGCACACAGACAUCGUUCUGGUGGCGAGGGUGGAGAAGGUGCUGAUGGGAAACAUCACCAGUGGAGCGGAGCCCUACAUCAAGAACGCAGACUCCAGCAAGACGGCCCAGAAGAUGCUGAAGGCCAAUAAGCAUUUCUGUAGCAAGUUGGGGAAGUAUCGCAUGCCAUUCGCCUGGUCUGUCCGAUCUGUGUUUAAGGAUAACCAGGGCAUGGUGGACAGGGAGUCUCGCUUCUCACCGCUCUUCAAACAGGAGAGCAACAAGAUCUCCACUGAUGACCUGAUCAAGCUGAUCUCUGAAUUCAGGAGGGCGGAGAAGACCAGUAAGCUCCAGACCAUCCCAGGUAAUCUGGAGGUCACCGUGGACUGUGUGCCCCUGGAGCAUCCUAACUGUGUGACGUCCUCGUACGUCCCCAUAAAGCCGUUUGAGGACUGCAGCGCGCACACGGCCUCUGUGGAGGUGGACGAGUUCCUGCAGGAGUCGGCCAAGUUCGCCCAGCCAUACCGCGUCUACCGCAACCACAUCUACGUCUACCCCCGGCACCUCAAGUACGACAGCCAGAAGAGCUUCGCCAAGGCGAGGAACAUUGCUGUUUGUGUGGAGUUCCGGAACUCAGAUGAAGAACACGCAAAAGCUCUUCAGUGUAUUUACGGAAAGCCAGGAGGCCCAGUUUUCACCACAGCUGCAUUGUCCACGGUUCUACACCACUCACAGAACCCAGAUUUCUAUGAUGAGGUGAAGAUCGAGCUGCCUACAGACCUCCAUGAGAAGCACCACCUCCUCUUCUCCUUCCACCACGUCACCUGCGACAUCAACGCCAAGACCAGCUCCAAGAAGAAGGAGGCUUUGGAAACCCCAGUUGGCUAUGCCUGGCUGCCUCUGCUGAAGGACGGGCGUCUCUCCUCCCAGGAGUUCAGCGUGUCCGUCUCCUGCACUCUCCCUACAGGCUACCUGGCCAUUAAGGAGCCUGGCUCCUCCAAGAAUGGCUCUGACCUGAAGUGGGUCGAUGGUGGGAAGGCCAUCUUCAAGCUGUCCACCCAAGUGCUGUCCACAGUCUACACUCAGGACCCCCACUUGAACCGCUUCUUCCAGCAGUGCCACAAACGAGAGACAGAGCUCUCUCAGCCACCUACCUCAAACUUCCUCAACUGCUUGAAGGGUCUCCUCAGCAUGGAGCGGAUCCACGUCAUCAUCCGCUUCCUGCCCGUCCUCUUCAAUCAGCUCUUCAAGGUCCUCACCGAGAACGACAACGACGAGGUCACCACCACCACCACCAGGGUUCUGGUCCAUAUCCUGUCAAAGUGCCAUGAAGACAACGUGGAGCACUACCUGCACUCUUACAUAAAGUUUGUGUUCCGGACGGAGUCCCAUGGGUUUAGAACUGUCCACGAGGAGCUGACCAAGGGCAUGACGUCCGACCUGAAGAGCAACGAGCAGGUGGCCGUCAAGAACAUCCUGAAGUUCUCCUGGUUCUUCAUGGAGCUGAUUGUGAAGUCCAUGGCCCAGCACCUGGUUGAUUCAGGAAACCUCAAGCUGCCCCGGCCUCAGCGGUUCCCAGCCUCGUACCAAGGCCGACUGGAGGCUCUGGUCAUGAGCGUGGCAGACCACAUCUACUGGAAGAACAAGGAGAUGCCAGAGGAGACACGCAGUGCCAACCAGGCCGUGGCCAUGUUCAUCAAGCGCUGUUUUACCCUCAUGGACCGAGGUUUCACCUUCAAGCUCAUCAACCACUAUGUCAACAACAUCACUGCCAGCGACAACAAGACGUUGUGUGAGUUCAAGUUUGAGUUCCUGAGGGAGGUGUGUAACCAUGAGCACUACAUCCCCCUCAGCCUGCCCAUCCCCUCCUCACGCAUCACAGAUAAAGGCUCAGCGCUGGAAAUCACACAGAGCGCACAAGUGGACGUGCCAGAGUACAGCCUGACGGGAGAGUUCUGCCGUAAGCACUUCCUGACUGGUCUACUGCUGCGGGAGCUGGGAUUGGCCCUCCAGGACGAGCAGGACCUCCGUCACCUGGCCCUGGCCAGCCUCAAGAGUCUCAUGGCCAAACACUCACUCGACUCACGCUACGCCCUCAAGGAGAAGCAGGCGAGGAUAGCGUCGCUGUACCUGCCGCUGUACGGUCUCAUCCUGGACAACAUGCCCCGCUUCUUCCUCAGGGAACUCUUCCCAAUCUACUUCAACUCCAGUGACCAGGGAUCUCGGGAUGACCUGAUUGUGGGAGAGGGCCUGGCUGGCCAGAUCGCCCAUGCUGUUCGCCAUGGCAACUCCAUGGAUGCCUCCUUCUCCAAAGAAGUGCUCAACUCCAUCACUGCCUUUUCAUCUCUGGCCGUCUCCACGGGCAACCAUGCGGACUCUCGGGGUUCCCUCAUCAGCAUCGAGUCGAACCCCAGCAACAGCGACCGCAACAGCGAGAAGAUGGAUGGCUGUGAGAAGUUCGCUCGGCCCCAGUCUCUGAUUGGCUUCGGCUCGCGCUUCGACAAGCUGGACCAGGCAGAGACCCGCAGUCUGCUCAUGUGUUUCCUCCACAUCAUGAAGACCAUCUCAGAAGAUGUGAUGGUGUCUUACUGGCAUCGGGCAGUUCACCAGGAGAUCUCUGACUUCUUCAACAUUCUCGAACUGUGCCUCCAGCAUUUCAGGUUCUUGGGCAAGCGCCACAUAGCCAGGAAGCUAGCGGCAGCUGUAAAGCUGGCUCAGGCCACCCAGAACAAUGGCACCCUGAAGGGCUCUAGCACCUCCCACCAGUCCUCAGGACUCCUCCCACAAUGGAUGCAGUCUGGGCAGGAUGGGCACAGGCAUGCCCGCUCCCAGACUAUGCCCAUCAUCAGGGGAAAGAACGCCCUCACCAACCCCAAACUCCUGCAGAUGAUGGAGUCAGAUAUCCCUGAGGGUGAUGUCCUGACCCCCAUGGACAUUGAGGCAAACCUCUCCACUGAGGUGGCCCUGACUGUUCUGGACGUGCUGGGUCUGUUUGUUCAACAUCACAAGAAGCAGCUUCAGCAUGAGGAGGGCCAGAACUCACUGAUGAAGAAGGUGUUCGACACCUACCUGCUCUUCUUCCAGAUCAACCAGUCCACCACCACGCUCAGACACGUCUUCGCCGCGCUGCGUCUCUUCAUCCAGAAGUUCCCGUCGGCAUUCUUCCAGGGAAAAGCGGACAUGUGUGGCUGCCUGUGCUAUGAGAUCCUGAAGUGCUGCAAUCACCGCUCCUGCAGCUCCCAGACCGAGGCCUCCGCCCUGCUCUACUUCUUCAUGCGCAAGAACUUUGACUUCACCAAGGGCAAGUCCAUCGUGCGCUCACACCUGCAGGUGAUCAAAGCGGUCAGUCAGCUGAUUGCAGACGGGGGCAUCGGAGGCUCGCGCUUCCAGCAGUCUCUGGCCAUCAUCAACAACUUCUCCAACGGGGACGUCCCCCUCAAGAACACGUCGUUCCCCGCGGAGGUGAAGGACCUGACCAAGCGGAUCCGUACGGUGCUGAUGGCCACGUCUCAGAUGAAGGAGCACGAGAAGGACCCCGAGAUGCUGGUGGACCUGCAGUACAGCCUGGCCAACUCCUACGCCAGCACACCUGAGCUGCGCCGCACCUGGCUCGAGAGCAUGGCCAAGAUCCAUGUGCGCAACGGAGACCUCUCCGAGGCUGCCAUGUGUUAUAUCCAUAUCUCGGCACUGAUUGCUGAAUCCCUGAAGAGGAGAGGCUAUUGGAAACCUGAAAAGGCCCGGAUGUCCAGUGUUGUCCCCGAGGAAGCCAAUGCAAUUAACUGUAGCCCUUUACUAACCCCCCGAGAAGGAGAAACCUCCUUCUGUAUGGGCUGGGCAGCGUUCAUGAGCAUCUCCCCCAACGUGAAGGAAGAGGGGGCCAUGAAGGAAGACGCCGGCACUCAGGACACGCCAUACACCGAGGACACAUUGGUGGAACAGCUGGAGCUGUGUGUGGACUACCUGUGGAAGUCAGAGCGCUACGAGCUGAUUGCCGACAUCAACAAGCCUGUCAUCGCCGUCUUUGAGAAGCGGAGGGACUUCAAGCGCCUGUCUGAGCUUUACUAUGACAUCCACCGGUCGUACCUGAAGGUGACGGAGGUGGUGAACUCGGAAAAGCGCCUGUUUGGCCGUUACUACCGCGUGGCUUUCUAUGGCCAGGCCGCGGGUUUCUUCGAGGAGGAGGAGAGCAAAGAGUUCAUCUACAAAGAGCCCAAGCUGACGGGUCUGUCCGAGAUCUCCCAGAGGCUCCUCAAGCUCUACUCUGACAAGUUUGGAGCCGACAACGUCAAGAUGAUCCAGGACUCCAACAAGGUGAACCCCAGAGACCUGGACCCCAGGUACGCCUACAUCCAGGUGACGUACGUGGUGCCCUACUUCGACGAGAAGGAGCAGCAGGAGAAGCGGACGGACUUCGAGCGGCAUCACAACAUCAGUCGCUUCGUAUUCGAGACGCCGUUCACGCUGUCGGGGAAGAAGCACGGCGACGUGGAGGAACAGUGCAAGAGACGCACCAUCCUCACCACGAGCUCGUCGUUCCCCUACCUGAAGAAGCGCAUCCAGGUGGUGGAGCAGCAGAGCACGGAGAUGAACCCCAUCGAGGUGGCCAUCGACGAGAUGUCCCGCAAGGUGUCCGAGCUUAACCAGCUCUGCGGCAUGGACGAGGUGGAUAUGAUCCGGCUGCAGCUCAAACUGCAGGGCAGCGUUAGCGUCAAGGUGAAUGCUGGGCCGAUGGCGUACGCCCGAGCCUUUCUGGAGGAGAAGAACGCCAAGAAGUACCCGGACAACCAGGUCAAACUGUUGAAGGAGAUCUUCAGGCAGUUUGCGGAUGCGUGUGGCCAGGCCCUGGAUGUGAAUGAGCGUCUGAUAAAGGAAGACCAGCUGGAGUAUCAGGAGGAGAUGAGGGCGCACUAUAAAGACAUGCUCGGGGAACUCUCCGCCAUCAUGAACGAACAGCUCUGUGGUGGUGUACGCUCCUCCUCCAGUCCUUCCACCCUCUCUCACUCCUCACAUCCUGCAGCCUCGAAAGGGGAUACCCCACACAAAACAGCCCGGGGCGGAGCGGCACAGCGCCUGCUGAGCAGCCUGUAGGCCCGGCUGGAAACCGAGGAGCCUUGGAGCCAAAAUGGCGCCUGGAAGCUGAUGUUCAGUGUUAUUGCCUUGAUCUGUGCAGUCGGAAGGGGAAACUGUGAGCUGUGAAACGGCGGAGGUGUGACAAAAGGGAAGCUGACGAUAAAGGAGUGUAGUCGUGGUGAAAGGUUGCAGUCCUGUGGAUGACUAGUCGUAGGCCUUGGCUACUGUAGUGUGUAGCUUUUUAUGUGGAAGGACACCUGCCAUGCUUUUCCUGAUAUAGCAGACUGUCUCUCUCUCUCUCUUUCGCUCUAUUUCUCUCUUACACACAUACACACACACACACACACACACACACACAUACACACACACACACACACAAACACACACACAUAGAGACACCUCAUACAAAUAAUGUCUUCAGCAAAUACACACACUCUCACACACACACCACACACACGCACACACACACACACACACACACUCCUUUUGCACACACUCUCCUCCACCUGCAGUUUGCCUUCUCUCCUACACCCUUUCCCUUAGAAAAGAAAAAAACAGUGACCUUAAUGAGCUUGAGGUGCGUUCAGCAGGGGUCAUGUUGGCUUUUUGCUCUGCAUUUGUACACACACCUUCACAUGCACCCAACCGCUAGCCAGUCAGACACACACACACACACACACACACACACACACA